CUGCAGUUUAUCAUUAACUGAAACCUGAUGAAAAUAGUUCAGAUGAUUUGAGCUGCUGCUCGUGACAAUCGAGAGCUCGAUCAUGAUGGUUUCUUAUCGUUUAUACUGGACACUGUGGAUAUUGUCGUGUUUUGGACAAUAUUUGGGUCAAGAUCUGCAGAUCCAUGAGCCGCCUAAUAAAGAAGAAGGAGACAUUGUGGUGUUCACUCUGGAUAACCCCCCACCCUCCACAUCGAUUCUUAUAACUCAAUGGUUUUUUGGUACACUACUUAUAAUUACAGUAGCGUCUGGUGUAACUACAGAAAACCCCGCAUAUAAAGACAGAGCCAGUGUUAACAGCAACACUCUCGCUUUGACGCUGCUGAACCUGAGACACAGUGAUUCUGGAAUAUACAGACUCAGUGUUACAACUAGUGCUGGAGAGACACUUACUGGAGAAACGUCACUACAAGUCGAAAAACUAUCUGUCAGCCUUAUUGGUCCAGAGGAACCAUUAAUAGAGGGCGAAUCAUCUGCUAACAUCACCUCUGAAGGAAAUGGCAACAUCACCUCUGUGCAGUGGAUGAAAAAUAACAGUUCUCUGUCUCCUAGCAACAGCAUCAUCUUCUCACCUGAUUUCAGAUCGGUGUCCAUCAGUCCAGUGCAGAGAUCAGACAGUGGAGAAUAUCAGUGUAUAUAUACAAACCCUUUCAACUCUGAGACGGCAACAUACAGCCUGAUCAUCAACUAUGGACCAGAAGGUGUUUCUAUUAAGGGUCAGGAUGUGGUGGAUUUGGGGGUUCGUGUGUCUCUGUCUUGUUCUGCAAAUUCUGUACCUUCUGCCUCAUUCAGAUGGAUGUUUAAUGGAACAGACACCGGUGUGACCACAGACACAUUCACCAUAGAUAAGACUGACUUCACACACAGUGGAGAUUACGACUGCACUGCCUGGAAUAACGUCACAAACAGAAGCGCCACACAAAGACAUGCUUUACUAGUUAAAGUCAGUGGAGGAGGACUGACAACAGGAGCGAUAGUUGGGAUUGUCAUUGGUGUUUUAGUGGCAGUUUCAGGCAUUUGUGGUCUGAUUGUCUACUUAAUAAAAACCAAGAAAAUCCCAGUGUUAAACAAGGAACAAAAAGGACAAGGAAGUGGAGCAGCAUCACAAAGCAGACAAGAGCCUGACUCACACUAUGAAGAAAUGACUAAUAUCCAGAAGACAAGGGGAGAUGGACCGGUUCCGGUGAAGAAGAGUCAAUCUGCUAUAUAUGUGAAUUUCGGACAAAAUGAGUAUGAAAACUAAAAGCAUUGAGUUUCAAACAGACCAAGAUGUCCUUCAGCUCAGGUGACCAGGUUAAUAAUAUUUGAGUCUGUCCCAUUGUACAGCAUUAUACUAUAUGUGUGCUUUGGUUGCAUCACAAAAUAAGUGCUAUUUAUUCUGUCCUGCAGUCUUGUAGUAAAAAUAAGUAAAUCAUUUGGUUGGAUUCUUUUAUUUUAUACUUGUGUAACGUCUCUAUUCAGGUAUCAAACCCUCCUCCUGAGUUUAGCUAGGAAGUGAAGACACUGAAACAUCUACUGCCAGAUGAUCUGUCAGGCUGUAUACAUUCUUUCUUUCUUUCUUUCUUUCUUUCUUUCUUUCUUUCUUUCUUUCUUCUAAUGCAGGCCUACACUGAAUCUAUGCACACAGAACUCAGUAGAACAGAUUUAACAGCUGUCCUACAUGUUUCCCAUCUCAUCCGUGUUGAUUUAAUAAAUAUUUUGGCUAGUUUUCUAAAUUAUAUUUAUUUAUAAUUUAUAAGUUACUAUAGCUAAUAUUUAGCUAGUAUUGAUCACACACACACCCAACAGUUUAUCAGAUAUCAUUAGAUACAUCCUCAUUCUUUCUUUCAUUCUUUCCUCAUUCUUUCUUUCACUGGGAAAUAAAAGAACUGUGAUAGUGGGUAAUAAAAACAGGUUACGUUGUUGAGUAGAUUCACCUUUAGACCUGAACACAACGUCAAUCAAGGGAAAGAAACAAGGAAGUGACAUGGUCAAAAAUAGGGAGUUUUGGUAAAGAAAUGUAUUGUUUAUUAUCUUCUUCAAAGAAUGUAAUUUAAAUACUUUCCUGUUAUUUCAAUUUUCUUUGCUCAGAAUAAAGGGUUCAUUUCUUAUUCAUUCCACC